GCCUGCCAUCUCCUACGUUCGCUCCUUUCCCUUUAACUCUUCUCAAUUUUGCCACCCCACGCGCAAUUAUACCACCCCAUCUUUCUCGACGUUCUCCUUCCUCAAUGUCAAUUCAUUUAUCCACUCCCUCACACCGUUUCUGCUUCUUAUAUAUCAGUCUUUGUUGCUUGAUUCCUCUACCUUCUUAUUCUGUUAGCUUCGACUUAAUUAACUGAGCGUUUUUUGGAAUCAGUCAAAGUUCUUGAUCAGUCGAAAAAUACUGCUCAUCAUGAAUUGCCAUCUGAACUGCUCCACCAGUGAGUUAGUAGCAAUGGAGGUGGAAUCUUGUGUUCCACCGGGCUUUAGAUUCCACCCCACCGAGGAAGAAUUAGUCGGGUACUAUCUCGCGAGAAAGGUGGCCUGCCAAAGCAUCGAUCUUGAUGUCAUUCGCGAUGUCGAUCUCUAUCGCAUUGAGCCAUGGGAUCUCCAAGAUAGGUGCAAAUAUGGAGAUGAUGAGCAAAGUGAGUGGUACUUCUUUAGUUUCAAAGAUAGAAAGUACCCGAGUGGUACUCGAACCAAUCGGGCCACUGCUGCCGGGUUUUGGAAGGCGACAGGGAGAGACAAGCCGGUGCUUUCGAACUCCAAAAUCAUAGGGAUGAGGAAGACACUUGUGUUCUACAAAGGAAGAGCUCCAAACGGAAGGAAGAGCGAUUGGAUCAUGCAUGAGUACAGGCUCCAAACAAGUGAACAUGGACCUCCUCAGGAAGAAGGUUGGGUUGUCUGCAGAGCUUUCCAAAAGCCAAACCCUAGCACUCAAAGGCCAAUAUGCUUUAGCCCUUCUUACACCACCAACCUUGACACUUUCUAUUCCCAGUAUGACCCUGAAAUUCUUCCAGUAAACACCCACAUUUCUUCUGACCAAACUCCUAAUGGCUAUUGUGGGAUUAACAAUUACAUCCCUCAUUUGGAGAGCCCGACUAAUUUAUCCACCAAGCAAUGCCUCAAUCAAGCCAGUAAUGUUGAGGGCAACACCGUUGUUAAUGGCAGCAAGCAGUUGAUAGAUUGGAAGAUUUUGGAUAAGCUGCUUCUGGCUUCCUCCUCGGCUUCACCAAAGUUUAUUGAUAACAAUGACAAUAGCAAUAUUAUAAAUAUUAAUGAAUCGGGUUCUUGCAGUGCGAUGGUGGAUGAGUUUGGUGAAGGAGCUCAUGAGCAAGGGCAAAGCCAAGUCGAACAUUUCCUGUCGAUAUUUGAAGGCUGAUAGAUAGAUAAUAUUACUUAAUUAAAAUGUCGUGAUGAGACAAUAAGCAUUGUGGCAAUAAGUUUAAUAGCCACUUGAUUUAACAAUAUUUGAAGUGUUAAUUAAACUUUUACUAUGCUUGAGUUUAAGUUCAAACUUGUAACUUGUGAAUCCAUUAAGAAGUGUCUGACUAAACCAGUGAUUCUAUUUUCAGUUU